AUGCAACGUUCAAUUUCUUCAGCCAAACAAGUGCAACGCAACCUCCUCCAAUACUAUAAACCAUCUACGCCCGCCAUCCUAUCGCCGCAGCAGCCACCGUGUGAUAUUUUCAUCAAUCACCGUGGGAUCGACACCAAGAAGAACAUCGCUGGACUUUUGUUUGAUCAUCUCACGAGGUUAAGGUUAAGGCCUUUCUUGGACAGUAAGAACAUGAAACCAGGUGAUAAAUUGUUCGAUAAAAUCGAUAAUGCGAUCAUUGGUUGUAAAGUGGGCGUGGCGAUUUUUUCUCCGCGAUAUUGUCAAUCAUAUUUUUGCUUGCAUGAAUUGACUCGUAUCAUGGAGACUAAGAAGAAGGUUAUACCAAUAUUUUGUGACGUAAAACCUUCCGAGCUUACUGUUAAGGACAUCUGGAGGUCACCUAAACAAGAGUUGGACCGGUUCCGGUCAGCUCUUGAGGAGGCUAAGUACACCGUUGGCCUAACAUUCGAUUCCUCAAACGGGGACUGGCCGGAAUUUUUGAUGACUGCAACUGAAGCAAUUAUUGAGAACAUGAUAGAGGUUGAAGAGGAACAACGCAUAAAUAAAUAA